ACUACAACAUUAAACUAUGAAUUGGAGGUUUAAUGUAUAGCUCAUGUGAUAAAAGACGAUACUCAAUACAGGAGGAAAAAAGUCCAGAAGGAUCCAAAAUGCAUUUACAGGAAAAUCCCAGAAACGACGAAAAUGUUGCUGCGUCAGGAGAUCAUGAUUCACACCCGAACCAGGAGCAGUACAUAACUCCCAACCACAAAGUGAUCCCCAGCCCUAAGAAUAACCACAUUUUGCGGUUGCAUCCACCACAGUCGAAACCACCACAACCGCCUCUCGCAAGGAAUAUUUUGCAAGGCCAAAUCUUACAGCGAGUCCAGCCGAGGACUGGCACGGCCACGGGCACUGGUGUUGUUGUGGACACAGAAGCGUCUGAGGAGCACCGUUAUCCCAAUGUGUUGCAGCGAUCGGCGACUUUGCCAGCGAAACAUCGCUUAGGAGGAGUAGGCCGAGGCAGAGUGACUUUCAAAGUGCCAUCUUCAAGAAAUCCAGGCCCUGCUCCAGCGCAGGUAGAAGAAGCAACAGCUGAAAAGGUCAGACACGCACUAGGAGUAGCUCCAAAAGAGUCUUGCAAGAUGACUUCCGAGGAUCUUUUGCAGCCGGGCCAUGUUGUCAAGGAGCGUUGGAAGGUGGUUCGAAAAAUCGGUGGAGGUGGUUUUGGUGAAAUCUAUGAAGGGCAAGACCUUAUUACACGUGAGCAAGUGGCACUCAAAGUGGAAUCCGCAAGGCAGCCUAAGCAGGUGCUCAAAAUGGAAGUUGCUGUUUUGAAAAAGCUACAGGGAAAGGAGCAUGUGUGCCGCUUCAUUGGAUGCGGCCGAAACGAUAGAUUUAAUUACGUGGUGAUGCAACUUCAAGGAAAGAAUUUAGCAGAGCUUCGGAGGGCUCAGCCGCGUGGUGCAUUUUCGCUUAGUACAACACUUAGGUUAGGCUUACAAAUUUUAAAGGCCAUCGAAUCGAUACAUUCUGUGGGAUUCCUUCAUCGUGAUAUAAAACCGAGUAACUUCUCCGUCGGGCGUUUGCCCUAUAACUGCCGGCGGGUCUAUAUGCUGGACUUUGGAUUGGCUCGGCAAUACACCACCGGUACCGGCGAGGUGAGAUGUCCCCGAGCUGCAGCUGGCUUCCGCGGCACAGUUCGCUAUGCAUCCAUCAAUGCUCAUCGUAAUCGAGAAAUGGGACGUCACGAUGAUCUAUGGUCACUGUUUUAUAUGCUCGUGGAGUUUGUUAACGGCCAGUUGCCGUGGCGAAAGAUAAAAGACAAGGAACAAGUAGGCCUAACAAAGGAGAAAUACGACCACAGAAUUUUGUUGAAGCAUUUGCCGUCAGAUCUAAAGCAAUUCCUGGAGCACAUACAGUCUCUCACCUAUGCGGACCGACCGGACUACGCGAUGCUUAUUGGACUAUUUGAGCGGUGCAUGAAGAGACGCGGCGUCAAAGAGGCAGAUCCAUAUGAUUGGGAAAAAUUGGACACUUCAUCAAUUGGCAACAUCAAUUCAAGUGGCAACGCAUUAGUGCCUGCCAAGAAUGAUUAUAUCCACGGAAAUAUAACACAAAUGACAGUGGCUGCUUCUAACGCGAGCGGCACUGAAUACGUUCGAAAGCGGACUGAUGUUGAUACCGCCCAGAUAGCAUCGACAGAGCCUUUGCAUAUGAAAGAUAAGGUUGACAGAAACUGCAAUGCGACGUCGUCAGUUCCCCAAACACAGGCCAAAGUCGAGGCAUCCGUACAGCAUGGCAACUCAGCCAAUAAUCAAAAUACCCUACCCAAAGUUAUGUUUCAGCAACAACAUGCACCACAGUCUGCCAACACUGCGAUGGCUACGCCGAAUCUCCCCAGUUCACUAAACAAGUCAUCAAUGGUUGGUGUUGGAAACCAUGAAGCACCGAUAAAGACACCACAUUCAGUAAUUCAUGCGAAGAACUGCCAACCCCACAGCGGAACCGGAUCAUUUUCUGCAUCAAACCAAAACAACUCUGCUCCUGUUUAUUAUCCACAUCUGGAAGAUAAGUUUGCAGCCACUCAGCUAUUGCAAACGAAGAAGACCGCCGAGGGAGAGCGCAAAGGAGAUGUUGAUAUCGAAGUCGCACUCAUUGCAGUGGAAUGCUCCCAAGACCAGAAGAUCGUCGAGACAAAUGUUGCUGAGAGUGUCCAUAGAACACCACAGUGCGGCGGAGAGCAGCAGCCGCCACCGCAACCGAAAAAUAUAAACCCAAGUGGCAAUACUGAUAAACAACAGCAGAAACUGGAAGCAUUGCCGUCAGAAAAGUGCAGCGAUAGCAAGCGAUCCGUGGAUGAUCUAAAGUCAACCUAUGGCCGCCUCCGUGUUCUUACAGCCCCACCUAUGAGCGUGCAUGAUCUAACCCUUGGUGGGGCCCAAAGCCAGCAAAGAGAUGAACAGUCAGUAACACAUGAUCAGGAUGCUCUAGUUUUCUGUGGAGGAGCAGGCGGAGGAGGAAGCACUGCCUCUAAGGUUGCCAUGUGCCAGCGCGGUCAGUCUUUUGGCAUGGUUGGCGUACCGCCGGUCAAUCGCCGUUCAGCAACAUCCACCAAUUUACGUCCGUCUUCCUCGGGUGCUGCUUCCAAUUCGAUUCAACGUAUAAAUAGCGCAUCAGCAGGUGCAGCUGGUUCAGGAACUGGCAGCAACACAGCCAGAAGCAGUGUUACCGGCGACCAUUCAGUCACUCAGUUCGCAUUGAUAGACGAUGAAAAUGUGUCCGCAUUACAACAGGUAACCAGGGGCGGAGCUCUCACUCUUGCUUCCCAAUGGAAAAGUCAGUUUGAUGACUCUGAGGACACGACCGAUAACGAAUGGAACAGAGAGCCACAGUCGCAACCCAAUUUGGAUCAAUUGAUUAAGGGGGAUGUUUCAUUGCCACUGUUAAAUGAAGCUGCAAUCUUUUCCCUAACUGCCGUCGCUGAUUCAACCAAGACACCAAAGACCCAAACGUCCCAAGAUGCAAAAUCCAGGCUGAAAAGGUAUACACUCAACAUAGCCGGGAUCGAGAACUACGACACGUUGAAAAUCUCUUUACCGCACUGCUGGUCCGACCCUGCAAUGGGUAAUUUAUUACGUAAAGACUUAGAGCCACCGGCUGUGCAGCAAGCCGCUUUUGACAAUACAGUAUAUCGAAUGGAUAUAGCCAGGAAUGUUUGCGUGCGAGAAACAUACUCGGAAAUCACCCCGCUAGGACAGCCAAAACCUUCUGUUUCUAUCGUUUCGCAGGCGAUAUUGCCGUCAUCAUCUAAAGAUGAUAAUGUUGCGUUUCAGUCAAAUAGGUCAAAUGAGAGCCAAACCAAGUCGAAACAUCGAAACAGCCUUCCGAAUGUGUCAAUAGCCGACAUUUUUGACGAGCAAAAGGCACAAAUACCAAAUUAUAGCUCUUUGGUGGGGAAUAACGCGGCUCAACCUUGGUGUGUUCAAACCACAUCUUUCCAGAGGAGUAAUUUGCCUGUGAGUGAAGAGAUCCAGGAUAACAAUGGUUGUGUUAGUGGGCGUCUGGAAAUUCGAGUCAUUCCCAAAGAAUCCUCACAUUUGGAUGAAUCUGUUUACUAUGAUGCGCUGGCAGCUGCUGUUAAGAUGACUCCAAGUACAACUAGCCAAGGCAUUGCUUUUAAAAUUCAAGGCCAAGAUUCUAGUGAUAAGGUGCUAAUGAACUGUGAUGAAAUAAAAGCAACAGCAGCAGCAGCAAUGAAAGCUUCCUCUCCGAAUGCAAUCAAUAAUUGUAAAGUACCAGCCGACAAAGCAUGCAACGAGCCAUGUCGCCUCAGUUCCCAUGUGGUUGAUUCCAUCAAGCUAAAGCUGAAUGGAAAUAGCGAAAUAUGUAACAUAAAGGAACAGGCUUUGGAAAAAACAGGUGAUUUAGAUACUCAAAUAACAUGGGUGAGUUGCGGCCAGGGUGGAGCCGAAGGUGGCUGUGAGCCAACGCUUUUGGCACCCAGCAAAAUACCAGUGCGCCAAUCAAAAUGUGCUUCAUGGGCUGGUGCUGAUACUGCCACAAAAGCUUUAACGCCAAUCGGGUCCUUGGCAGGACAGCAUCUUAUCCAAAAAAAUCUACCAUUUGACAUGUCCAAUUGUAUAAUGGACGCUAUUCCUGUUCGCCACGACGUAUACUCUGGUGUUUUACAGAAUCCUCCUAAUAAUACGGACCUAACACCAGGACUACGACGUCGGCGAGAAUCCGCUGAAGGAAAGUACAUAACCGACCCAACGCAAUUACAGCUAAGAUUUCAACGUCCUAGGUCCCGCACUUCCAGUCGAACUCGUGGCAUACCCACAGCAAUGUUAGGAAAUUUUGAUGAUCAAUCAACUGAUCUCAGUGAAGAAAAGGCUGGAACUAUUGGAGCCCACUUUAAUACAAAGCAAUAUGAAGAAUCGAACUUAAACAAUAUCACAUGGAGUGAAAGUUCAACAGAUCAACAAACUAAGAGUAACAUCUCGCCGCCACCGGGGGAGCCAAAAAUAGAAAAUAGUGCGCGCCUUCGUCGAUAUAGACAUAACAUAGAAUAAUUUACAUUCUCAGUAGUAAUACUACAAUACUAAUUUGGCCCCAGUACUUAUUUCGAGAUGAAUAACAGAGUCCAUUGAGUACAGUUCACAAAUAUUGGCUCCUACAUACAUACAUACAUACAUACAUACAUACAUAUGUAAGGUAUCGAAAUUGUGUUCGACCUGCAUAGACAAACUUUAUUUAUUUUCUUUAUUUUGCUAUCUAUGAAAAAUUAAAUCAAAUAUUUUUUUUCUCAUGUCUACUUCUGGGGCAUGGAAAAGUAACCAAACCAAAAUAUAAUGAAAAUAUUCAAAUAAGCUUUAAAAGAAACGCCUAACUCCGUUAUUUAUACAUAGAAUCAAAAUAUAUUGAUCGACUAAGAACUAUCGCACCCGUACACCUGUAACUCACAAUUAAUGAUGCCCCUCAACGAUAAACGACAUCUAAUUAUCUCCGUAUUUAAUACUUACAAAUUUAAUUGUGAAUGUUUUAAGUCAAGGAUGUAUUAUAAUACAUUUUCAAAUAAAAUCAUUGGUAGGUGAAUUUCAGUUAUUAAUAAAUUAGUUUAUACUUUGUUAUUUAGUUUUAUGUAUGUUUUGCAAGAGCGUUUAACUCUACAUAUGGAGUUGUCGUUGCGAUUUUAAUUUCAGUGAUGUCAGUUUGUAAAAACGUGUGACCUUGAUGUUCACCAAUGACCCGAUAAGGUUCGCUUACCUUUCACAUUACAAAAAGUGGAAUUUUCUAUGGAAUUAGGUUUUUAUUGUUUUUUUCCAAG